AGCAGGCUGACUGGCUCUGUGAAGAUGGCGGACUGCAUACGUGUUCCUCUGCUCCUGCUCUUGAUGUGCAUCUUUUUGUUUGUACAUCCGAUUCAAGCUCAAAACAAAGCUAUUUCCAAACUUAUUGCCGGUGUCGAUAAAAUGCAGAACCCAGUCGGAGGUCUGGGGGCCGCUGCGGGGAACCCUGGAGUCGAGGAGAGGAACCAAGGCGCCGGGGCCUCGCUGUCUCGGAGGCGCUCUACCGGCUGGAAGUUGGCUGAGGAGGCGGUGUGCAGAGACGACCUGACCCGGCUUUGCCCCAAACACUCCUGGAACAACAACCUGGCGGUGUUGGAGUGUCUCCAGGACAGGAAAGAGGACUCUGAAAUCGCUGCAGAAUGCAACCAUCUGCUGUGGAACUAUAAGCUGAACCUGACCACAGACCCAAAGUUUGAGUCUGUAGCGGUCGAGGUCUGCAAGACAACCAUCUCUGAGAUUAAAGAAUGUGCCGCGGAGGAGCUGGGGAAAGGUUACCUGGUUUCCUGCCUCGUAGAUCACCGUGGCAACAUCACCGACUACCAGUGCAACCAGUACAUCACCAAGAUGACCACCAUUGUUUUCAGCGACUACCGGCUGAUCUGCGGCUUCAUGGACAAGUGUCGCGAUGACAUCAACGCGCUGAAAUGUGGCAGCAUCAGCACCGGAGAGAAGGUGAGGAGAAGGGAUGUCGGGCUUCAGAGGAAGAAGCUUGUUGUGUUUGACGAGUGCUGUUUGGUUAUUGGUGGAGAGGCAGCUGAUGUGCUUUGGAGCAGGUGGAGUAACAUCUGCACUCUGGCUGGGGAAGGAAGAGUUUACAAAUGCCUCUUCAAUCACAAGUUUGAGGAUUCCAUGUCUGAGAGGUGCCGCGAGGCGCUGACCACCAGACAGAAGCUGAUUGCUCAGGACUACAAGGUCAGCUACUCGCUGGCCAAAGCCUGCAAGUCGGACCUGAGGAAGUACCACUGCAACGUGGACACCAGCAUGCCCCGAGCGAGGGAAGCUCGCCUGUCCUACCUUCUGCUGUGUCUGGAGUCAGCCGUCCAUCGAGAGCCAGGAUCUUCGUCUAUCUUUUAUUGUGUCUGUGCUUUUGCCCCAAAGAGACAGCUGCAGGUAUUAAUCUGCCUGUCACACCCUGUGUCGCUGCUUAGGUUGGAUCCGAUCCUGUACAAGAAAUGUCAGUCCGAUGCAUCCCGACUCUGCCACACUCACGGCUGGAACGAGACCAGCGAGUUGAUGCCGCCUGGUGCCAUUUUCUCAUGCCUGUACCGCCACGCCUACCGCUCUCUGGAGCAGGGACGAAGGGUGAGUCUCUGCCGUGUGGAGGUGCAGAGGAUUCUCCACCAGAGGGCGCUGGAUGUGAAGCUGGACCCUGAGCUGCAGAGGCGCUGCAUGACUGACCUGGGAAAGUGGUGCAGCGAGAAAACGGAGGCCGGGCAGGAGCUGGAGUGCCUGCAGGACCACCUGGACGACCUGGUUGCUGACUGCAAGGAGGUGGUGGGAAACCUGACCGAGCUGGAGUCAGAGGAUAUUCAGAUUGAGGCGCUGCUGAUGAGAGCGUGUGAUCCCGUCAUUCAGGCCCACUGCCAUGAGGUGGCUGAUAACCAGAUCGACUCUGGUGAUCUGAUGGAGUGUUUGGUUCAGAACAAACACCAGAAGGAGAUGAAUGAGAAGUGUGCCGUGGGAGUGACACACUUCCAGCUGAUUCAGGUUAAAGAUUUCCGUUUUUCCUACAAGUUCAAGACAGCCUGCAAGGAAGACGUCCUCAAACUGUGUCCCAACAUCAAGAAGAAGGUGGAUGUCGUGAUCUGCCUCAGCACCACGGUGAGAAACGACACCCUGCAGGACGCCAAGGAGCAGCGAGUGUCUGUCAAGUGUCGUAAACAGCUGCGGGUGGAGGAGGUGGAAAUGUCAGAGGACAUCCGUCUGGAACCGGAGCUGUACGACUCCUGCAAGACCGACAUCGGCAGGCUGUGUCAGAACGUGGCCUUUGGGAAUGCACAGGUUCAGCGCUUCUGUACAGAGUCAGAGGGGAAGAACGUUCUUCAGUGUUUGAAGCAGAACAAGAACAGCGAGGUGAUGGAUCCCAAAUGCAAGCAGAUGAUAACCAAGCGACAGAUCACCCAGAACACAGACUACAGGCUGAACCCGGUGCUGAGGAAGGCCUGCAAAGCCGACAUCCCGAAGUUCUGUGACUCCAUCCUAAAAAAGGCCAAGGAUGAAACCGAGCUGGAGGGUCAGGUCAUCUCCUGCCUCAAGCUUAAAUACGCCGACCAGCGUUUGUCUCCUGACUGCGAGGAUCAGAUCCGGGUCAUCCUGCAGGAGUCGGCGUUGGACUACAGACUGGACCCUCAGCUGCAGAUCCAGUGUGCAGAAGAGAUCUCCAGUCUGUGUACAGAGGAGGCAGCAGCUCAGGAGCAGACAGGACAGGUGGAGGAAUGUCUAAAAAUCAACCUGCUGAAGCUCAAGAAGGAAGGAUGUAAGAAGGAGGUGUUGAACAUGCUGAAGGAGAGUAAGGCGGACAUCUAUGUCGACCCCGUCCUUCACACGGCCUGUGCUCUGGACAUCAAACACCACUGUGCUGCCAUCCCACCCGGCAAAGGACGCCAAAUGUCGUGCCUGAUGGAAGCGCUGCAGGACAAACGUAUUCGUCUGCAGCCCGAGUGCAAGAAGAGACUUCAGGAUCGCAUCGAUAUGUGGAGCUACGCUGCCAAGGUACACGCACCGAGCAGGGAAACACCUGUGACACACGACAUCCCAGACGACCUGUUGCACCCAACAGAGGGUGACGUGUGGCGUAUUUGA